GCAUCUCAGUUGCCCAGUCGCAUACAUUAUUCUCAACAUCAGAAGAACGACAGAUGCAAACCAUGAGAUGGCCUUCAGGGGUAAAGUGGCCGACACGAGGGUAAGAGGACUGUUUACUCGGAUUUUUCACUCAGAAAAAAUCGGAUUAUGUGCCAACCGGGCAGCCGUGGGUCAGAUAUGGACGCUGUUAUAAUAAAAUACGAAAUCAUCAGGUGUCGUUGUUGGCGACUAUGAAACAUAAGCUAUCAGUCUAUCAUUUAUAUUCAGCGACGGAUAUUUAAUUUAUCGUGAAUGGCAAAUGCAUUCAGAUAAAGAUCACUCAGUCUGCAAAUGAAGGUCUUCAGUCCUCUGCUGCUCCCCCGCAGUGCGCAUCCCCUGCAGAGUCUGUUGGAGUUCUGCCAUGGGGGCUUUUACACCUGCUGAAUGAUCCACUGUUCAGUUGACAGUGAUGUCACGUGUCUUGGCGGCUGAUUUGAGUAUAGCCUAGGUCUAUGAUUUGUGAUAUAUUAUUAUUGGGAUGAAUGACUCUGACUCUCUCGAUCUCUUUCUCUCUUUCACUCUCUCGAUCUCUCUCCCCCAGACAGUGCUUGUGCACCUGCUGCUAUGCCUCGUCAUAUUGUACUCUCUCUACUACAUGAUUGGGAGUGUGUGUUUCGGCGCGUUCAGGUGCGACACUUUUCUUUUCCUCUCUCUGCGUUCACGUGUGGUUAUUGGGUAAGUGACCUUGCUGGAACGGUGAGCUGUCCUCAGGCGGCUUCUAUAAACCUGGUGCCAGGUGACAGAAGUGAGGAGGAGGGAUUCGUGGAAUACACAGCAACUAUUGGUCUGUUUUCAUUGAUUGGAAUGACAGUCAGUUUCAACCACCCUGGUUCCCUCCUAGCUCCUCCUUUUGAAUAUCCUGUUUGUUUGUUUGUUUUAUCUGCUGCUCUUCUGUUUGCAUUCAGGUUGGAUCACUUUGAUGGACUUAUUCCCUUUGACUUUAAGACUGAACCAACCAAUUUGGAGUCCAACUCCAAAUACCUGGUGAACCUGCUGUCCAUGGAGUUGACCUAUUUCUGCAGUGGUCUGCUGUUUGCAGCCGUGGUGAGGAGAUGGGUCUGGGACUACGCUCUCACAGUCACAUUACUGCAUGUACUGCUCACCAGCCUGGUGAUGUUGGAGUUUCCCUUGGUAUGGCAGUGGUGGCUGGCCCUUGGCAGCGGGUUGUUUCUGAUGAUCUGUAACGGUCAGCUGAUAGCUUACUUCACCUGCCAGAGUGACCAGAGUUACCCCACCUUCAACAGCUACUGAGUACACACACUGACUAGAGUUAUUUGCAGUGAGUCCGGUGGAAAUGGAGGGAUACCAAAUGUUCCUGUUGACUUGGUUACCUGUUUGAUUGUUGCACUUUGUUUCUGUUGGACCGGCUUCCCAGACACCAAUUGAUUCUCCAAUGAGCAAGCUUUUGAGUCCAGGAAACAGCUUGUAUAUGUCAUAUCUGUAGUAUGUAAUAUCUGUAGUAUGUAAUUGAAUGUUAAUCUUAUGUCAGACAAUGUUAAUCAUGUAAUUUAUCAUCUUAGAAGUAUUAAACCAGCUGUAACCUCA